UCCGGAUAUUCACAAAUUUCUUCCAAAUGGCUCGUUUGUGGACACAUGCUUAUUGGAACGUUUCUGUUAUCCUGUACUUCUACGCCUAUCAAUUUUUGUUUUUAAGACACACCCAGUAUAAUACGAAGUGUGCUGUUCUACGGAUGAAUAAAGCAAUCAGUCAUGUUCAAGGUUUCAUCGACAGCGGUCACGGAAAUGGUCUUACUUUGUUGUCCUUAAUGAUCAUACUUUAUAUUGUUCUGUAUUUCAUAUGGAAUGUAAACCAAACAUGUUCAGAGUCUACGGCGGAUAAUCAAAAUUUUAUCCGCAAUGUAUUUGAGAUGAUGUUGCACUUGAAAAGAAAGAAUGACACAUCUUUGACCGAGGAGCUUUGUGAUGAAAACUGGUGAUUUGCUGUUGUGGCGUGGAAGUUUAAAUAAAUGCUGAAAAAAUUAUAUAUUUAUAUAUAUACACGUUUUGUCGCACUGAUUAUUGUUUUAUUUUGCAUCUUAUAAGUCUUCGCGUGCGGAUCGUUUCUGACUGACCCUUAGUGUUUUAUGUUUUGGAUAUAUUACUCUGAGGAAAUGUUCUCUACAAACAUUGUUGACAUUUGGCGUCACUGUCAUUAUAUCAUUUGAAACAUUUAUCAUGCCAUUUAGACGGAGUAAAGCGUAAAUUGGUUGCCAUAAGAUCAUCCGAAAUCCUAAGGCCCAUUAUGUUGCCCGUGAGUUAAUUUUCUGUAGUGAGGCCUCUACAUGCCCAAGUAUCUGAAACGUUACCAAGCAGCAGCAGUGAACUCUUUUCAAGCGGACUUUUGUGUCAGGAAUCUAAAAACAACCAUGAAAAGUGCACGAGGUCUUUCAAGAAUAUAUAAGGUGUAUAAUGAUUUACUCACAAAACAUCCUGUCAAAGUUCAGUCAAUACAGACAGCAAUGCUCUGUGGCACUGGAGACAUAAUUGCGCAGACUGCUAUUGAAAAGAAGAAGCUCAGUGAAUUUGAUGUAAAAAGAUUUGCUUCAUUUUUUGCAUUUGGAGGAAUCUUUGUUGGUCCCACAUUACGAAUGUGGUUUGGACUUCUUGAUACAAAAGUGAAAGGAAGUCAUUAUGCUGUUGUGGCUCAAAAAGUUUUAUUGGACCAGUGUAUAAUGGCACCUUUCCUUUUAUUGCUGACCCUUUCUGUCCUUAACAUAUGUUCAGGGAAAAGUUUAGCUGAAGUUAAAGAAAAGUUGGGAGCUGAUUAUGGGAGUAUUUUGAUAACAAACUAUAAAGUAUGGCCUGCUGUCCAGCUUAUAAACUUUGGCUUCGUACCUGUGAACUUCCAGGUACCUGUCACACAAGUUGUGGGUGUUGGUUGGAACACUUACCUUUCCUGGAAGGCUCAUCGACCACCACAAAAGCCUGCUGUAGAGUGAGGUGAGUAACUGCUUGAAACAUGCAUUGUGUCACAGAUGCAGGAUGGAGGAGGGGGGAGGCAACACAACAACUGUGGAUUACAUGAACAUAUUGCAGACCACGUGCACUCCUUCAUGACUGAGAUCUUCUCCAAUGGCAACGCCUUUCAGCAUGAUAACUGGUCUGCGUCUCAAGGCAGAAUCAUGCUAUAGUGGUUUGAGGAGGGUAGUGAAAAUUCAGAUCAUGGCCACCACAUUUAUUGGUCUGAAGCUGAUGGAACACAUCUUGGAUGUUAUUGGUUUCCAGCUCCACACCCACAAAUGCCCAACCCCUCAUUUACAGGAAUUUUGUGACCUGUGUGUAGACUUCUGGUGACAAAUAUCUCUGGAAACAUACCACAGACUUAUUGAAUCCAUGUUGCAAUGAAUCACACUUGUGUUGCAUUCCAAAGGUGAACCAACAUGCAUGGUCUUAAUGUUUUGGCACAUCACCAUUGAUGUGUCAGUGUGAAGUGCUUAUAAUAUCUUCAGAUGCAGAUUGGAAUGAUGUUCCGUAUUGAGCAAUUGGAUAAAAACGUACUUGAUUAGAAGCAAAAUGGAUGUUUGAUAACCCAACCCCUUAUACACUCAGUAGCACGUUAUGACUUACUCUUGUUCUAAAGAAAUUAUACUCAUCUUAAAUGUGAUUCUAUUUGAAAUUUCAGAUUAUCUGUGUGAGUGUGGUAUUCAAGCAGAAAGAAGCUACUGUUGAAAACUACUAGGGCUCUGUCCAUAAGUGAGAAAGUGUCUGACAACUUGUACUUUUUGAUACAUUGCGAAUAAACAUUUUAAAUCAA